UAUAUAUAACAGUUUGAAUAUGGGUUCCAAUGGCAAGGAAGUGGCCACCGAGAUCCUCCCUUUCCUCCGAGUUUACAAAGAUGGCUCCGUCAAGCGAUUCGCUGGCUCACCCAUUGUUCCGCCUUGUGCCGAUGAUCCCGAAACCGGCGUCUCAUCAAAGGACAUCAUCGUCUCACAAGACCCUCCAAUCUCAGCUCGAAUCUACCUUCCAAAACAGGUAUUUCAACAACACAAAAAGGUUCCCAUUUUGGUUUACUUCCAUGGCGGAGCCUUCUGCAUCGAGUCAGCUUUCUCUUUCGUCGAAACCAAGUUCAUGAACCGAUUGGCUCGUUUAGCCAACGCCGUUGUUGUGUCGAUCGAGUAUAGGCUGGCCCCUGAACACCCUCUCCCCAUUGCUUAUCACGAUUGCUGGUCGGCUCUUCAAUGGGUUGUUUCUCAUUCCGAUGAGGAGCCUUGGGUUUCUACUUACGCCGAUUUCGAUCGUGUUUACAUCGGCGGCGACAGCUCCGGUUCCAACAUUGCUCAUAGCAUACUGAUUCGAGCUGGAUCGGAGGGCUUACGUAAUGGUGUUAAAAUCAAAGGAGCUUUUCUAACACACCCUUACUUCUGGGGUUCCAAGCCAAUAGGGUCCGAGUCGAAGGAUGUUGAAAAACGGGAGAAGGUGUUAAUGUCCACCGUGUGGCACUUGGUGUAUCCGGAGGCGCCCGGAGGUGUCGAUAAUCCGAUGAUGAAUCCGGUGGCUCCCGGAGCUCCGAGCUUGGCCGGACUUGGAUGUUCGAGGCUUCUUAUCAGUGUUGCCGAGAAGGAUCCAUUGAGGGACAGAGGGAUUUUGUAUUAUAAUGCAGUGAAGGACAGUGGGUGGCAAGGGGAGCUGGAGUGGAUUGAUGUUGAAGAUGAAGAUCAUGCGUUUCAUAUUCUGGCUUAUAAAUCUGAGAAUGCUAAUAAACACAUCAAAAGGUUGGCGUCUUUCAUUGUUGCAUGUGUACAAGAACAUAAGAAAAAAUCAAAUCAACUGGGCACCUGUGUUUCCAGAAUAUAA